CAGGCCCCGCGGCCGCGCUGCGCGCUGCGGCGGCCCCGCGGGUUGGCGGCGCGGCGCGGCGGCCGCCGAAGAUGGCGUACCUGCAGUUGGAGCCAAUAAAUGAGGGGCUGCUCGCUAGGAUCUCGGAUCUCUUGCUGUGCCGAUGGACUUGUAGGAAUUGCUGUCAGAAGUGUUUCGACUGUAGCUGUUGUCAAACAAGUGAAGAUGAAGUUGAAAUCCUGGGACCUUUUCCUGCGCAGACUCCCGCCUGGCUGAUAAGCAGCCAGAAUGAGGAUAAGGAGGGAGACUCUGAUAACACGAUCAGCGAGUUGCCUCCCGCUCUCCAGGCUGCUUCCCCUGACAGACGGCGGUCGUCCUCGGAUGCAUCACGGUCCACUUACAGCCUCACGAGGCGCAUUUCAAGUUUAGAGUCGAGGAGGCCAAGCUCUCCGCUGAUUGACAUUAAACCUAUUGAGUUUGGAAUUAUAGGAGCUAAAAAAGAAAUAGUGCAGCCAACUAUCCUGCGAAAAACCUAUACCCCAGAUGACUAUUUUAGAAAAUUUGAACCAAGACUGUACUCUCUUGACUCGAACAGCGAUGAUAUGGACUCCUUGACGGAUGAGGAAAUCUUAUCGAAGUAUCAGCUGGGCAUGCUGCAUUUUAGCACUCAGUACGAUCUGUUGCAUAAUUACCUAAUAGUACGAGUCAUCGAGGCUAAAGAUCUGCCUCCUCCCAUCUCUUACGAUGGUUCAAGGCAAGACAUGGCUCAUUCCAACCCCUACGUGAAGAUCUGCCUCCUUCCGGAUCAGAAAAACUCCAAGCAGACGGGAGUGAAACGCAAAACCCAGAACCCAGUGUUUGAAGAGAGGUACACAUUUGAAAUCCCGUUUUUAGAAGCCCAAAGAAGAACUCUGCUUUUAACCGUAGUGGAUUUUGACAAAUUCUCGCGCCAUUGUGUUAUUGGCAAAGUGUCGAUGCCCUUGAGCGAUGUAGACCUUGUGAAAGGUGGACACUGGUGGAAAGCCCUUGUUCCUAGUUCUCAGAAUGAAGUUGAGCUGGGAGAGCUGCUGCUGUCGCUGAACUACCUACCCAGCGCGGGAAGACUGAACGUAGACAUCAUUAGAGCCAAGCAGCUGCUUCAAACAGACAUGAGCCAAGGCUCAGAUCCCUUUGUGAAGAUCCAGCUUGUUCACGGGCUGAAGCUAACAAAAACCAAGAAAACCUCCUGCAUGAGGGGAACCAUCGAUCCCUUCUACAACGAGUCCUUCAGCUUCAAGGUGCCACAAGAAGAACUGGAAAAUGCCAGCUUAGUAUUUACAGGUGUGAAAACAUGCAGUAGGAAUUGGCAGUUCAGGCAGCUGCUUAGAGCAGAGAUAGCAGAGCGCGGCGAUGGCGCGGCGGGCAGCACGGAGGGGCUGCGCUAGGUUAGCGAGUCCCGGCCCGCAGCACCCCUGAGGGAGCCCAGCCUGGGGCCUGCCCUCGACCCUUGUGCUUUGCCCCUCUGGGCUGAUGUGCUGCACAAACUAAACUGUCCCCCUCUUCCCCCCUCAGUGUCCCACUCCUGAUAUUCACUGUCUUAUGAAGAAGAGCAAGAAUUUGCAUCUGAAAGAAAAUAUUUUGAAGUAAUUCUGUUUCUUGCAUGGGAGAAACAGAUGUUGCAGCCUAUACAAGGAGCCUAAUUCCAGCCCGUUAGUUUGUUUCCAAACAUGUCACAACAAAAAUGAUGCUGAUCAGCAAUUCAAAUCUUGCCCUUUGUGCUCAGAGAUUUCCUUCGCAAAAAGUCUAUAAUUAAUCAGGGCGUUGCAUGCACGUCAUCCUGAAUAUACCUACCUGUGAUGAAUUUGUUCUUGGCAUCUUCUGUCAGGUGAUCUUGUGACAGAAGUGAAAUACUCAUUCGUUUUCCCCUUUUUCCCAUGGAAGAACAAAAGGCGAACACAAAAUAUCAGGUCUGGGGAAUCAGGAAGGAUGAGUGGAAUGCACUGCUCCUCGCUGCAGCUGAUGAAGUUGGCAAUUAAUAUGUGGAUGUCUGAUAUUUUUAGAGCAAAUGGAUUUUUUUUUUAAAAAGUCACUCAAAAAUUAGCUGGUUCAUAAUAAUUUGUGAUGCAGUUGGAUUUCAGUGACAUGCCUUGAAGUGGUUGCUUCACUUCUAAGUAAUGUGUUUUUUGCUGUGAAAGUCUCAGUAAAUAAUCCCAGGCCAAAACCAUCGGCGGCAGCACCAGCGCGUGCUGGCGUGGACACGUUUGGAGGAGCGAGGGGUCAGGUUCUCACAGUCCUCCUCAGCCCGGCGGCCGAAAUGCAGCUUGGGCACCGCACUGCUGUGGACGCUGCUGGGCGAGCUGCAUUUGCCGUGGUCGGGUCUGGUGUCUGAGACAGGUGGUGAGCGAUGUUUAGAGCCGUAGAGACAACCAUCUCCCUGGAUGAAGCUGACCAAGGAACCCUGCACGGACAUCUACAGUGACGUGGGCAUAAGGGGACUCAAUGGUGAUAAAGAUUUUGAACCAUGUUCUGUGCUAGGGUAAAUGGUUAAAACUCUGCACAUUGAUGCAGUUGUAUCCCCAGGAUGAAGCGUAGCACCGGUUUUGUGUUCUGCGAAUGCAUGUGCUUUUAAUAAACUAAAUACAAGUCA